AUGAGAUUACGAGGCGUGCACACGACCGAUGUGAAGUGUGGGGUGGGCUGGCCGGCUAUUGGCGAACGCCUCCCACCGCCCACGCAUGCGCAGCGCGCCGCCUGCGAGAAAAAUCUUCGAGAGGAAAACUCAGUUUCCGAGCCAUGGACAUUCAAAAUUUUAUGUUUGUUUUAUUACGUGGGCGGCAUAAUAGCUGUUUUGCAUCUUCUCAAUAUUGCA